UAACGCUAAAAGCUUGCCACAAUUAAGGCCGUUAGUAAAAGACAAGAACGCAAGACUUUGAGGACAUAGAUAACAGAGUGUCAUAGCGGAAUGCCACGCUAGAGCACGAAGACAUCGCAAGGAUACGAGGAACGAACUUCAAAAAGAAAAAUUCAAAAGAACAUGUCAAACAAAAAACAAAGACGUUCUCCGCAGUGCGCAAGGUGUCGAUGUCACAACGUUUUUGUCAGCGUGCGUGGUCACAAGCGACGAUGUCAAUGGAAGAACUGCACAUGCGCAAAAUGUUUAUUGGUAUCCGAGAAACGUCGUGUAACCGCUGUACGCGUUGCUAUCUUAAGACGAGAAAGAAAGCAAAGGAUACUGCAACGGAUGGCACCACCCCAAGAAUAUUACGCCGGGUUACAUCACCCGAACCCGUGGGGAAUGAUGGGACGACAACAGUUUUCGUUUAACGCACCGCGUUUUCCUGUGCAAGAUGAAAUGUUCCUUCGCCACCAUCACUUCUACGAUCACAUGUAUCGCAGACAUUACCGGGGAUUGUACUCCCAUCAUCAUCACGAGAGUUUUCCAAGCCAAGAUUCAACGCGUAGAGUAGGCAAUGCCGGCCAUGCAGACGAAGUUAGCGCUAGGGGUAUUUCCCAAAAUCUUCGCAACUUUAUGAACGAGUACGACAGCUUGAUGCAAAAACCAAACAACAACGAAUCGUCUGGCAACAAGAUGACGUCGUCAGUUUGCAACAAAGUUUCCUUACCAUCACGUGACACCUUUCCUGACCUUUACGGCUCUGAGGUGCGAAACAUCCAAAGCCAAUUAGAAAUGUCCAGACUGCCACUUGAGCAUGCAAGAUUUCGUGGACAAAGAUUUUCCCCAAACGAUCCUAGAGGUUUACCAGUGAUCAUAAAUGCUCCACAUACCAUGGUAAAUUAUACAAAUCCAAUCGCAAACAAGUGCUCUUGUGGAAAGAACGAAUAGCGCAUGCGCAGUUUUCUAUCUGGAUUUACCCGGAGUAAUUUUUCCAUAGACAACCUCACCUUGUUUGAACAAUGAACACCUCGCUGGUAUUGAGUAAUAUUUGAGUAAUUUUUGAUAGAAUAAUUGUUAGACAAACGAUUUAUAUAAUGUUUUAAUACUGUAUGGCCGUAGUUUUUAGACUAUUUCGAAAGCCAUUAUAAAAAAAAGAUUAGCAGACUCAAAAAAAUGAGUCUUGUAGAAAUCUGGAAUAGACAAUUCGUGAAAAAAAGACUGCGUUUAAUUUACCCGUAUCGAGACCUAUUUAUGCGUUUUAGAUACAUAAAGCAAAUAAGCAUUUCAAAUAAUGCUUAACUAGUGCUAAAUAUAAGACCAGUCUUGCUGUCAUGUACGGUUUACGUCAUUAAAAGAAAUUAUAUCGCUAUGACGUCAAUGUAA